CUCAUUUUAGCCAAUCAGCGGGCAGUAUUUCGUAAGGGCGUUGAACUGCAAUGGCGGAGACGACGAAGCAGAGUGGAAAUCACGCUCCUCCUAAUGAAGCCAGCAAAAUGUCCAGCUACGCGGACUGCAUGUGUGUGAUACUGAAGCUGCUAGCAGACUUCGGGAAAGAGCUCAAAUUAAGCGAUGCUGCUCUGAGAAUAGAAGUCAACGUGGACGCGCUGGAUCUUCCGCCAUCUCCAAAUGUCCACGUGUACAGUCGUUUGCAGGAGCAUAUCACAAAAUUACAGGCAGUUUCAGCAAGCUUAAAAUCACUGAUGGAUGCUGAUGGUGAUACAGCAUCUACACAAGAUGUUGUUGUCAGCUCAUCGUCACUCAAAGAGCAGACGACUGCACUGUCUGAGUACCAUCCUCCCAACUCGGAGGCUUCUGAAGGGAAGACGGCGCCUGAUGACGUCAUGGUUCAGAUCAGAGCCAGGAAGUCAGAGAUCGAGCGGAGAAUAUCUGCAUUUAUGGAACGCAAGCAGAUGGAGAUCAAUGAAAACAAUGUACGCGAGUUUUGCAACGUGAUCGACUGCAAUCAGGAAAAUAGCUGUGCCAGGACAGAUGCAGUUUUCACUCCAUAUCCGGGUUUUAAAAGUCACGUGAAAGUUACGCGAGUGGUAAACACUUACGGGCCCCAAACUCGUGGCGGGGGAGGUCAAGGAGCAGGUGGUGAGCAGCAGAGGGGGCCGAUGACAAGAGACUGCGGAAAUACAGCCAUAGAAGAACGACUUCAAAACAUCGAGACUCACCUGAAACUGCCAGCAGCGGGUCCAGUUCCAUUGAGUGUCUACCAGCGACUAAAGAAGCUGGAGGAUCGUAUCCUGGAGUUGGAGGGACUCUCACCUGAGUACUUUCAGUCCACGAGUCACCUGCACAAGCGUCCAAAGACAUCCAAUGCUCAGGCCCGCAGUCUGACAGAGCUGGAUGAGAAGAUCAGUGCAGUGAAAGCAGCACUUCUGAAGAAGGUGAAUGAAUUCGGGCCUCGAUAUGAAGCAGAGUGCCCGCUGUAACACACCUGCAAACCAAUGCUUCAAGCUCUCUGUUAAUGCAUUCUGCUUGGCCAUUAUGGGCAUAAAAACUGUAUUCCUCUGAAUAGUUUUGUAGUUAACUGAAAUAUAAAUUGCUCUGUGAAUAAAGAUAUUGUUUCUUUCAUGAAAA